AUGGGACGAGCUGGGGAAACCCGGGGGCAUCAAAGGAACCCACAAGCGAGACUCUCAAUGCCCGAGAUCCCACGCAAAGCACACAGGACCUACAUGCGGCCGAGCCAGGGAGAGAUGGACGCUCUUCUGGAUGUUAUGUACCAUCAUAAAAUGAACAACGCUCAAUUUAACAUCAAAUUAAGAGUUUCGAUUCCCAGUACUUCAUUUGGGAUUAUUCCAUCAGAUAUCUUGGAAGACAUUCUUAUUGGCAUGGCCAAAGAGAAUAAUGAGAGUCUGGACAAUUUGUCAGAAUACAGUGGGUGCUUCAAGAAUCCAAAAGUCAUAGAAAUAGUUUUCCUGUUAUCUGAGUUCUGGUGCCAAGACAGUGCUACAAAAUAUCAAGCAGUGGAAAUAUUAAACAGGUUUAUGAUUUUACACAUAAAAGUACUUUAUGAAUCAAAUGUAAAAUCCAUGAAAAUUCAAAGAGCAUCGCAAACAAAGAAGUGGAGCUCAAUCAAAGACGAUCUAUGUGACACGUUCCUCCUUCAUCUAGUUUCCUGCAUUCAGAUUGCUAGCAAACUACACUUCCACUGUCAUAUAAUCAACAACAAUAUGGUACUGCAGUUUCUGCAAUCAGCAGGCUACAAAUACAGAAAGUCUGAUCUUCUAAAAUCAGAACUCACUGUACUAAGGACUUUGCAUUUCAAUGUAAACCUCCUUUCACCUUUUAACUAUGUGGAUAUAUUGCUGGAGGUUUUAGGACACAAUGGCUGCCCUUUGUCAUUAGAGCAAUUACGUGGGAUGUGUUUAAAGGUUAUGGAUUUUGUUUAUCUUACAAGAAACUCCAUAUAUGAGAUCUUGCUGAAAAUGUCCAUAGAUCAUCCAACUCCAAGUAGUUUACAGAGGUAA